AUGUCUUGCUGCUGUGCUCCCCGCUGCUGCUGCAGUGUCGCCACCGGCCCCGCCACCACCAUCUGCUCCUCUGACAAGUGCUGCCGCUGUGGAGUCUGCCUGCCCAGCACCUGCCCACACACCACCUGGCUGCUGGGGCCCACCUGCUGUGACAACACCCCCCCACCCUGCCACAUGCCCCAGCCCUGUGUGCCUUCCUACUUCCUGCUCAACUCCAACCAGCCCACCCCAGGCAUGGAGACCCUCAACCUCACCACCUAUGUCCAGCCCUGUGGUGGUGACCCCUGCACUCCCAGAUGCUGCUGCUGAGGGGUGGCUACCUCGACACUGCCUGACAUUGAAAGAGUCAGCCCAGAAGCCUCAUUGCUCACCUGUCUCUGUACCUGCAUAACUGACCCUACACUCUAAGCUGAAACAAGAUGGCACUGUCACGGAUAACCCCUCUACCCGCAAGAAAAAGACAGCAAGAGACUUUCGAUGAUCAGUAACCCAGUGCAGUCUGAAUAGGUGGAUGGAUGCCUGUGGCUUCCCAAAAUUUUCAAGUCUUUCAUAUGAAAAGGUGUAUCUUUCUUUGGGUGCUCUGGGAAUUCUGUUUCCAGUCUUGGGUGGUGUCUUUCUGGAUAUUGAGAAGCUUCUUCAUGAUCUUCCCAAUAAAUUUUACA